UUCUAACUGUUAAUGGAUUUAGUUGGGCUUCUAAAGCGUACUAGUCAGUCAAAUUGGUAUUGUCUCCGAAAGGGUUUAGAAGAUCAGUGUAUGGGUGGUUAUGUGCUUUCUAGCAGGCAGCACCAUUAAGGUCACUGUAGAAAGUCUUCAAUUUCAGAUAUUUCCUUUUUGAUCAUCAGGGAUGAUAAUCCUCAAUCAAUAUUUAAUAUUAGAGGGAUGAUGGGAUAUAAGCAUAGAUGAUGGAUUUGAAUGCAAGCAUGCUGGCACUUGAGUAGUAAGAAAAGGACUUGGUAGAACCCAAAAGAAGGUCAUUCUUUCUCCAUCUUCUGGUUUAUGCUGGGUUGGGUCUAACUCUCUGUAGUGGACAUUCCCUCUUCUGGUUCCUUUGGAUAAAGUAAAGCAACCCAGAAUACAAAAGAGCAGCCCAAGUUGUCUGCACAUACCGGGUCUCUCUUAACUCGGGCCCUUCGUAAAAGUUAGGCCUUAGUGCAGCAGCGUGCAGUCUAUAGUCUAUAUUCCCCAUGUUUCUCGGCUGUCAUGCAUUUAUUCUCUGGAAAUCUCUCGAAUCCGAAUCAUUCCUAGCUUUCAAAAGAUCAAAAUUUACUUUCUUGUUAAUCAAUCAGUCUCACUCUCAUCAUUGACAAGUCUUCAUGUCGUAUUGCAAGUCUGUUGUGUUGGUCCGAUGAGAGUUAAUUUGACAUUUGCAUACUUUAUGAACGCUGCUCUUCUUCAUCCCCUAUAGAGUGGUACCUUUUCAAUUUUUUUUUUCGGAAAAAAAUGGCAACAUUUAUCUCUUGGUAAAAAUCAAUCUUAAACCAAAUUCCAUUCAUGAAAUUGUAGUCAGAAAAAUCAGUUGAGAUUGAGCAAAACAAUAGGGGCCAGAGCUUGAGACUAACCAGGAGUUUCUAAUCCAUCUUCUAAGCACAAUCCCCUUUUGCUAAAGAAAGUACCAAAGUCUCGAGCGGACAUGGCAGCCUAAGCUACAAACCAUAGACAAUCUCAGUUCUAAAGUCAAAGCAACAGACAAAAAUUCUACUUGUCAUCAAUUCCGAGGUUUCCCCAUCCCCAAUUAUUAUUUCUCUCUCUCUCUUUUGGUCUUUUGCUGUUUACUCUUAACUGUCUCAACUUUCAACUUGUUAAAAGAAAAAACAAAAACCCCAUCAACCUCUCUUUCUCUCUCUGUAGUAAUUGCUAACAUUCAGUAAAAGCUGGCGGAAUUCAAUAGUACAAGGCAAACUGUGAACUGAUCCAUCUUGUUAUUUAAAACGUUUCUCCUAUUAAAUUCAACCAUGUAUAUAUAACUCAUAAAAAAAAAAAAAACGAAAGAAAGAAAACACCCCAAACAUGUGGUAACAACAAUUCUUUCCUUUCUUUUCUAUUUCUAAAUCUCCGCACCAUCAUUUUAACAUGUAGUGUUUAUUUUCUCCGAGAUCACCGGAAGAAAGGUCAUUUGAUUCCUUCGAAGUUUUCUGCCGCUCUUCCCAUACUUGUUUUCCUUCUUGUUUUACAAGUACUCAGUUGGCAAAAAGCGAUUCACUUGCAUCUUUGUAUUAGUGACGAUGAUCUUAUUCGAUUAAACCUUCCCAUUCUCUUUGCUAUAUGAGAAGCCUUUUAAAGUUUUGGCCUUGUCAUCUGCGGGAAAGGCUUUGAUCCUAAAAGGUUGCUUUUAGAGGAAAUACAAAUUCAGCGAGUUGUUUUCUUUCAUUUAAUAGGGUUGAAGUUAUGAUGCAGUCAAGGGUGGUGGCGGUGGAGGAAGGUAAGGACCCUGCUUCUGCUAUCAGAACGAACCUUUCGAGGGCCUUGCCUUUGAGACUCCUUUUAUUUUGUUUGUCGUUUUUGGCCCUGGGCAUUGGAUUAUCCAUCAUGAGUAUGUAUUCUGUACGAUUUUUUGUAGUCCAGCAUAUAGCUAGUGUAGCACCAUCUACCAGUCAGCCUUUGUUUCAAGAGGCUAAUAGCAUAGAAAGUUGGAUUAGGCCCCCAUCAAACUUGUUGCAUACUAUGAAUGACACAGAACUAUUCUGGAGAGCUUCAUUUGUUCCUCAAAUCAAGGAAUAUCCUUUUAAGAGAGUCCCCAAGAUUGCCUUCAUGUUCUUGACCAAGGGGCCAUUGCCACUGGCUCCUCUUUGGGACAGAUUCUUCAAGGGGCACGAAGGGCGGUUCUCCAUAUAUGUCCAUGCACUGCCAUCUUAUGUUGCUGGCUAUCCACCAUCAUCCGCUUUUUACAGGAGACAAAUCCCAAGUCAGAUGGUGGAGUGGGGAAAGAUGAGUAUGUGCGAGGCUGAGAGGAGACUCAUUGCUAAUGCAUUGCUCGAUAUCUCCAAUGAAUGGUUUAUUCUCUUGUCUGAGUCAUGCAUUCCUCUGCACAAUUUCAGCAUAAUUUAUCGCUACAUAUCAAGAUCAAGACACAGCUUUAUGGGUUCAUUCGAUGAAGCUGGACCUUAUGGCAGAGGUCGAUACAAUCCACGCAUGGAACCGGAGGUCACACUCAGCCAGUGGCGGAAAGGGUCUCAAUGGUUUGAAGUUAACAGGAGGCUUGCGAUUAAUAUAAUUGAGGACACCACAUAUUAUCCCAAGUUUAAGGAGUUUUGCCGGCCAGCUUGUUAUGUGGAUGAGCAUUACUUCCCCACCAUGCUGAGCAUCCAAUUCCCUCAUCUCUUGGCGAACAGAACUCUCACAUGGACAGACUGGUCAAGGGGUGGGGCACACCCAGCCACAUUUGGGAAGGCCGACAUAACAGAAGGUUUGUUUAAUAAAAUUUUAGAAGGUCAGUUAUGCCUUUAUAAUAACCAGCCAUCUUCGGUUUGCUAUCUUUUUGCAAGGAAGUUUGCUCCAAGUGCUUUGGAUCCUUUAUUAGGAUUAGCAUCCAAAGUUUUAGGGUAUUGACUAGGGUUAGUUGCCAAGAUGAUAGUUGGAGUACUAAUCGAUGCAAAGUGAGUUUAGUUAAGGCUAACCCAUUGUUACCCCGAGUUCACAAUCCAGUCUUUCGAAACACUCUUGUCCGAAAGCGGUUCGGAUGUGUAUGUAGAAUAUUAGAUCCUGAAUUAAAGCUUUUUAUGGUGUUA